GCGCUUCGCUGGUCGCAGCGGUCCCUCCCGCUCUAGGCGGGGUCGACUCGAGGAGUCGCCGGAAGCGGAAGUUGCUAAGGGGUGGGGGAGUUGUUAGGAAAGUAGUAGGUUUUCCUCCCGCUUCUUAGUUUCGAGCCGCGGCUGCUGGAGCAGGUAAAGCCCAAUUUUGAGACCUCGCCAACUCUGCUGAUCUGCUUAAGCCGGCUCCUGGCCCUCGCUAUCGUCUAAGGGGCGUGAUACACUGGUGCAGCGACCCUCCCCAAGGUGCUAGUGAGCCCCUGGUGCCGGGAGUCCCCUGUCCCACGUCCCUUCCCUGGAGUGAGGUUCCGUGUGGCUUCCCGGUGUCCCCGCAGACCCCCACCAUGGGCAACACGAGCAGCGAGCGCGCCGCGAUGGAGCGGCAGGGUGGCCAUAAGACACCCCGGAGGGACAGCUCAGGUGGCACCAAGGACGGAGACCGGCCCAAGAUCUUGAUGGAUAGCCCUGAGGACGCCGACCUCUUCCACUCCGAGGAGAUCAAGGCGCCAGAGAAGGAGGAAUUCCUGGCCUGGCAACAUGACCUGGAAGUGAAUGAUAAAGCUCCUGCCCAGGCACGGCCUACUGUAUUUCGAUGGACAGGGGGCGGAAAAGAAGUUUACUUAUCUGGGUCCUUCAACAACUGGAGUAAACUUCCCCUCACAAGAAGCCACAAUAACUUUGUAGCCAUCCUGGAUCUGCCAGAAGGAGAGCAUCAGUACAAGUUCUUUGUGGAUGGCCAGUGGACCCACGACCCUUCCGAGCCAAUAGUAACCAGCCAGCUUGGCACAGUUAACAACAUCAUUCAAGUGAAGAAAACUGACUUUGAAGUAUUUGAUGCUUUAAUGGUGGAUUCUCAAAAGUGCUCCGAUGUGUCUGAGCUGUCCAGUUCCCCACCAGGCCCCUACCAUCAGGAGCCCUACGUGUCCAAGCCAGAAGAGCGGUUUAAAGCACCGCCCAUUCUCCCGCCACACCUGCUACAGGUCAUCCUGAACAAAGACACUGGGAUUUCUUGCGACCCAGCACUUCUCCCAGAACCCAACCACGUCAUGUUAAACCACCUGUAUGCACUGUCUAUCAAGGAUGGAGUUAUGGUGCUCAGUGCAACCCACCGGUACAAGAAAAAGUAUGUGACCACCUUACUGUACAAGCCCAUAUGAAGAGCGAGGAGCCGACACUGGGCCCCAGGGACAGGUGGCACCUCCGUGCUCCCCGUGUGCAUGCUUUCCACUAGAGGAAUGGACUGGCAACUUCUCAUUUCAUACUCUCUAAGACAUUUCAUACCUGCCCUACUCCUACUUGAAGGUUUGCCCAGGUGCCCCAGCUCCAGGGCAGCCUGGUUCUGUAACAGUCCUCUUAGCACUUGGCUGUGAGCCUCGGGGACUCAUCACGGGCGACAAAGGCAGAAGGGAAAGUAGAGGAGCUGCAGCCCCAAGACACUGUACAAGGUCAGGUGCGGCUCUCAGCAUGCGCCCUCUCAGCUGGUCGCGGACAUUCUUAAACCAAAAGUGCACGCUAGCCACUUUGCUGGGGAAAAUUGCAGGAAGCAGGGGCUGAAGUCACACAUUUCUAAUUGUGCAUCUUUAAGGCCACUGGCCUGUCCCUACUGAGGCCUGGCUGCGGAGCUCAGAGUAAGUCCCAUCUUGCCUGUCCUUCCAAAUCAAAGCAAUAGAUUGCCUCUCUUGCCCUGCUUCAGGGAGGUAUAAUUUCUGUUGAAAUUAAAAGCUGUCUGAUUUCCAGAUGAAGUUUUACAGUUGUUUCCUACACUGUGUGCACUAAGUAACACUUUUGUAGCCAGAGGAGGCUGGCUGUGCAGCCUUAAUGCAGUCAGUCACCACAGCUAGAAUAUAGAUCAUGUGACUGUGCUCAGCAAUAAUCUGUUCCCAGAAUAGACUUCUAAACCUGCCGCUGGUUCCUCCAUUAAGCUGGAUGAUCCUGAGGACUGACCAUCAUUAGCUGGAGGAAGGUUGUCCAGCUCUUUAUUCCAAUCAUAAUGAGACGGCAGUGUUACCAUGACAACUUUGCAGAAGUACCCCAGCCUCCUUUUAGUUCCAUCUUGUGCCACCAGGGAUUCAGAACCUGACAGCAGCCUUGAGGAUUCACUUCGGGAGAACAUCCUUUCCAUCACAGUGGACCUCUUUACUUCUGGCACAGUUUCCAGGGAGAUCCCACAGAUGUCCCCGAUGAUACAGGUUCCUGUCACCCCGUCAGCAGAAGUCGUCAUUAUGCCUUUUGUUCUUGCUGGGAGAGGGAGGAACAAGAUCACCAGUGUGCAGUAUUUAUUUGGUAAACCUGACUCCUGGCACCCUUUUUUGUUACUGUUUUCAAAACACUGAAUUGCUAUCAACUUGACAUACAAGUUUCAAUAAAGCUUUGUAAAGAUAAUUGGA